AUGACCUGGGCCAAGGUGUCAGUUUUUCAUGUGUACUGCCCUACAUCACUUGGCAAGUUGGUGCUGAUUGAGCUAGACAAAAAGCCACUGCCUUUGUUCCCUGAGGAUUCUUGGUUCCCUGCCAAGGUGGAAAUAAAAUCCCCAGAGGGAGACAGCUAUACCUUUCCCAUCUACCAAUGGAUCCAUGACAGUGAGGUUCACCUGUAUCGGGAGGGAAAAGCUCUAAGAAUCUUUGAAGACAAUAAUAAUCUUGGCAUGUACAGUAGGGAGAAAGAGCUGAAGCAGCGAGCAAAGGACUAUCGUUGGGAGGUCUAUGCAAAUGGAAUACCACACUGCAUCAAAGCGAAAAACUCUCAUUCUCUGCCAUGUGAGGUCCAGUUCUCCUUCACCAAAAAAACUGAGUUUUACUUCACUGCAGCUAAGGGGCUGAUUGAGCUCAGUCUUGAGGAACUGGCUUACUGCAAGAAGUCUUGGCACAGUAUUGAUGAUAUUCGCCGUGCAUGCUUCUGUCACCGGACCGCCAUAUCAGAUUACGUCCAAGAACACUGGAAGGAAGAUGCUUUUUUUGGCUACCAAUAUCUAAAUGGUGCCAACCCCAUGUUGAUCCGACGCUGCAAAGUCCUGCCAAAGAAUUUUCCUGUAACUGAUGACAUGGUGUCUCUCAAUGGUGGGGAAAGCUUAGCUAAUAAUGGCAACAUAUUCCUGUGUGACUACAGUCAUCUGGAUGGCCUGAAAACAAACACCAUCAAUAAGAAGAAGCAAUACUUGGCAGCUCCUCUUGUCCUGCUACACAAAACUCCCAGUGAUAAGAUGAUGCCAAUUGCUAUUCAGCUGAAGCAGAAACCAGCAGAAGACAAUACAAUCUUUCUCCCCACUGACUCUGAAUACGACUGGUUGACAGCAAAGCUUUUUGUCAGAGGUGCAGAGUUCAGUGAACAUCAGCUCAAUGUUCACCUGCUGCGCACUCACCUGCUGGCUGAAGUUUUUGCAGUGUCACUGCUUCGCAACCUACCCAUGGUGCAUCCUCUCUACAAGCUCCUCAUUGCUCACACUCGCUACAACCUGCAGAUCAAUGUUCUAGCCCAUCGGGAUCUCAUAUCAAAGAAAGGUGCUUUGACAAAGUUUUCAGCAUGUGGUGGAGAGGGUAUGUUCACCCUCCUGAAGAGAUCGCAGUCUUCUCUGACCUACACCUCGCUCUGCAUACCAGACAACAUUGCUGAGCGUGGGCUGGAGUCUGUACCAAACUUCUACUACAGAGAUGAUGGGCUCAAGCUUUGGGACGUCAUCCACAGUCAACUGAUGAAACUCCAUCCACACCAUAACAUAACAGGAAUUCCAAAGACCUUGACCACUGUGGCUGAACUAGUAAAGUUUGUCACCAUGGUGAUUUUUACAUCCUCAGCCCAGCAUUCUGCAGUAAACUCAGGACAGUUUGAUUACGGAGGCUGGAUGCCCAACAAUCCAUCUUCGUUGCAAAGUCCUCCACCAAAGAAAAAGGGGACAACGAGUGAGACCACAUUGUUGAAGACUUUACCUGAUGUCAACACAACAGCUCACGCCAUGGCCAUCCUGUGGCUGCUCAACCAGCCGUCCAGUGACUUUGUCACUCUUGGCAAGUAUCCAGAAGAGCAUUUUACAGAGGAGAUUCCACAAAUGCUGAUAAAGAAUUUCAGAGAAGAGCUUAAAAAAAUUAAGUGAUGAAAUCAAAGCAGAAAUAAAAAUUUGGAAGUCGCAUACACAUACUUGGAUCCCGCAGACAUCGAAAAUAGUGUGACGAUUUGAUAAUCAAAAGAUACAUAUGGUUUGAGCUGAUACUAAAGUGGAAAGUAAUGAUGGCCUUAUUAGAUUUACAGUCAUUGGUCCCAUUUACAUGACCAUAAUAAUC